AUGUGUGUCAAGGGGAAGAGGAAGUUACGAGCUAAAGAUAUCACAGCAUGGCAACCACCAGCUCAGAGUAAACAGGACAAAACCGUGAGGAUUUAUGCAGAGCGGCAAGUGUAUCCCACAAAUAAGGACGUCAUCUUCCUGGUUGUCACCGACAUACCGGAUCCUUUGGAGUUCUUCUGGGACUUUGGAGACUCCAAAUUGGCCAGAACCUCAUUAAGGACCGUCACAAAAAGAUAUGACAACCCUGGAAGUUACAAGGUGGUAGUUGCUGCGUCUUGGGGCGAGACGUCCGUCGCCUCCGAUGUGUUUCCCGUCGAGGUCCAGAGAGCCGUGAAGCUCAGCAGGCUGGUUCACCAGGCCUCGGUCCUCAGGAAUCAGACUCUCACGAUGAGAUGCAGAGUCAGUGCUGGGACCAACCUCACCUUCAUGUGGAGCUUCGCAGACGGACCAACCAGGCCUGGACCGAGCACAGCUCACCAUGUCUUCCAUAGGUUAGGAGAGUUCGUCGUCAAAGUGACUGCAUCUAAUCUCAUCAGUUCUGCGUCUUUGAGCAGCCACGUCUUUGUCGUCGACCGGGCUUGUCAGCCUCCGCCAGUCAAAAGGAUGGGCCCGCUUAAACUGCAGUUUCAGAGGCAGGACGUUAUUCAUCUGGGGGUUACGUUUGAGGCAGACGUGGACUGUGACAUAUCAGACGGCCUUGACUACACCUGGACUUUGUUUGGUUCUGGAGGCCAGAUUAUUCCGUUGCCUGACACAGACACACAAAGCCAAAGCCUCAUGCUGCCCAGCCAUCUCCUACAGUAUGACACCUACACGGCCACAGCGAGAGUUCAGGUUAUCGGCAGUGUGGUGUACAGUAACUACACCAUGACCUUUCAAGUGAAGCCAAGGCCUCCAGUGGCGUUCAUCCAGGGCGGCACCAAUUUCUUUAUAGGCAAGGAAAGCAGCAAUAUGGUUACCCUGGAUGGGCAGAAAUCCUAUGAUCCGGACUUCCCUAGAAACCUGCUCAGUUACAGAUGGACAUGUAAGCCAGUUUCGAUCAUCGCCAGCUCCUGUUUCCACCAGGACAUUCCCACUUCGUCUCCGGUGCUCAGAUUCCCUACCAGUCUGCUGGAGCCCAAGUUCGACCAGUUCCAGUUCACGCUCACCGUCACCAGCGGAGCGCGCUCGGCUUCGUCCGAGGCUUUCCUCACCGUAGCAUCACAUCUGACUGGGAAGGUGUCGGUGUUCUGCCAUCAGUGUCUGGGAGACCGUGUGAACUGGGAUCAGCCCUUUUCCGUCAGUGCACUUUGUGAGGACUGUAGCGUUCGCAGUGAACUCACGGAGUACACAUGGAGUCUUUACCUGGUCAACGCUUCCUCCAAGCCCAUCAUAGAGGUCCCGUUUUGUUUCACAGUGGAUGCCAGCGACCCGUCAGCGAUCCGGGAGAAUCCGACCACAUCCACGCUGACUCCUGAGACGUCCUCCCUCCACCCUCCUGUUCCACGUUUGUCGAGCUCUGAGCCUUCCCAAACAUCUGUCCUUGACCACAUCAGCCUUAUUGAUGCUUCUGGUGAAUUUCCAAGGCCAGGUUCUGAUGAUUAUGACGUCUCGUAUCCAAGUGUGGAGGAAGGAGAUCCAAGGAUGUCAGCAGGAAGACUCAACGAAGCUGAGAGCUUCAAUCCAGGUGAUGAAUCGGUGUUCGAUCUGACGCUGCUCAACAAUGAGGGAAGUAACCUGGUGGAUCCCAAACCUUCAGUGGCCAAUCGGGAGCCAACUUUGCUCGACUUACACCAGGAUGCGGUAGAAAGAGGCCUGUUUGAGUCCUACACCUACACAGGAAUCUCCUCUACUUUGUUGACAUUCAGACCCUUCAGUCUGAGGCCAAGAAGCAUGUACAUGCUGCAGGUCACUGCCAAGUCUCAGAAUAAUUUGAUCGGUCGGACUCAGCUCUUCCUAAAAACCAACCCCGCCCCAGAAGGCGUGGCGUGCCAGGUCCAGCCUGAGGAAGGGUUGGAGUUACACACUCCCUUCAGCAUCUUCUGCUCCUCGGGCCGGGCGGACCUAGAGUACAAGUACAGCUACAGUGUAGGAGGCAACCCCCCCUGGAUCCUGUACCAGGGAAGAGACUUCCAGUACUACUUCAGCCUCCCCUCAGGUGACCCCAGUGAUGACUAUAAAGUCACCAUCUACACUGAAAUCAAAAGCAGCGGCUCUGGAUCAGCCACCAAACCGUGUCCGGUCACCGUCCGGGUCAGACCAAGCUUCCUCAGAAACACUUCCUCCUCUUCAUCAUAUGAUCAGGAUCCUGCUCUGAAGCUCUCAGAGAGUCUGAGGAACCUGUCCACUCUCAUCCAGCUCGGGAAUCCAGUGGAGAUCCGUAACUUCAUCCUCCUCCUGACCAGCGUCCUGAACAGGCUGAGCCAGGAUGCUGAGGCAAACGCAUGCGCACAGAGGCACACUCGCAAUGUGCUCAUCUGCACUUUAUGCGAGCUUCAGAGCGGCGAUCAGAAAUCACUGACUGACAACAUCUUCAUUCUGAAUGAGCUUCUGCGAGUUACAAAUCAGGUGACAUUGAUGAGUGUCAGACAUGUAGCCUCACAUGUCCGCUCUGUUUCGGAGAAGCUUCCUGAGGUCAGCGCUGACCAGGCGACGCUCCACAGUCUGAUCACCUCUCUGUCACACUGCCUCCUGGUGGUCACGGGUUGUAGCUGCACACCUGAAACGCCACAAGCUUUUAACAGCACCCGCGUAUCAGGAGCAGGAUCACUCGUAGCAGAAAGCAGAGAGGAUUCUGAAAAUGCGUCUGAUGGCUGCGCGCAAAGCCCGUCCUCCACUCCUGACCUGGAACAUGGAGGAGCAGCCGCAGCAAAGAGGCUGGCGCAGCUCGGAGAGGAGAUUCUGCGGUCUGCGGCGGACCUGAUGCUGAGGCACGUUUUGUCCCUUGAAGCCAAGGCGCACAGAGUUGAAACCGGCCUUAUGACUCUGCUGGCCUCCUCCCAAAACCGAAGCUCCUCCAUCAUCAGGGGGGGCUUCACCAGCGUCCACAUGCCUGCCGCUCUGAUCCAGCGAGUCUUUGGCCGUCACACUGGAGGGGCUCGGCCCAGACAGCAGCAGCCCUGCGUUUUACGAGUCCUGACCGAGCUCAGCCGCAGCUUUUACCCCAGGGACACACGCCCCCCGCACCAUAAAACAACUCCAGCCUGUUUUUCCCAGCUGACGGGACCAGUGGUGGAUCUCAGUCUGUUUGAAUGCAGCACAAGGAGAAAAAUCCACAUUCACCCACUCCCUGAGCCAGUAAACACUGAGAUGCAGCUUCCACAAAGAAACGAGAGCAGUCAGCACAUCCUGCUGCGCGGCCAGGUCAGCUACCACAACUUCAGCAUCAGCCAGGAGCUCCUACAGCGGGCCAUCCAGGUGACAGUGGUGUUCACGCCGCCGUCCAGCAGGCCGUUUCCCAUCAUGCUUCUCUUCAGGAUGUUUGAGAGGCCAACUCCCAGCAUGCACCACCUGCAGAGGAUUCACCAGUGGGAGCAGAACACCAUGCGCCUAACUCUGCCCCCGUCCUACCUAAACGCUGCGGGCGUGGCUCACAUCGCGCUGCUGGACGCCGAUUUCAGAAGAGUCCCCAGGAGGAAGCUGCAGAGCCAACAGAUACGCUACAGUGUGACGGUGGACAGCAGCCUGUGUUUGUCCUGGGACGGACAGCAGGGGGUCUGGACGCGUCACGACUGCAGGACGCAUCAAACAGACUCGUCUCCUGCAGUCACCUGCAGCUGCUACCAUCUGAGGCCGCUGACGGUGUUUCAGCAGCAGGUCCAGAGCAGCCAGGACACAGGACCUCUGGAUCCCUUCCUAAGUCCAUCCAGCGAUCUGACGGUGCUCAGUACUCUGGCCGUCCUUCUGGUCCUGUACAUCCUGGGUCUGCUCUGGUCCCACAGAGCAGACGUCGUGUCAAAGGAGAAUCAAAAGGCCCACUACGUCUCUGACAACGAUCCAGCAGACCCGUAUCUCUAUGCUGUCUGCGUUCACACUGGUCUGUGCUCGGCAGCCCGUAUGACUGCAAAGGUUUACAUCGUGCUCUAUGGUGCGGAUGGAUUCUCACAAACAAAAGAACUUCAAGUCCCAGGGUGCUCUCUGUUUAGAAGAAACGCCACAGACACCUUCAUACUGAGCGCGGCGGACAGCCUGGGCCCGGUGUGGGGGGUUCACAUCUGGCAUGACAACUCCGGCUCUUCUCCUGACUGGUACCUCAAACGAGUCGUGGUGUCGGAGGUGAACGGAGGGCGGGCGGAGGCGCGCUCCUGGCUGUUUGUCGGUGAGUGCUGGUUGGCCGUAAACAAAGGCGAUGGUCGAGUGGAGAGGAUGCUGCGUGUCUGCUCUGAAGAAACACAUUUCGCUAAGACGCUGCUUCUCAGGUUUUCUGACUUCUCAGCUGAUUUCCACACGUGGCUUUGUGUGCACGGCUGCCCCAGCCCCAGCUCUUUCACACAGACGCAGAGACUCAGCGUCUGCAUGCUUCUCGUGCUGGGGUACGCAUGCGCCAACGCUGUCAUCAUAUCCCGUACAGACGAUCAGUUGCCUUUCGAGGUGGGCGUUGUCGACGUGUCAGUCGUCUCUGUCACAACCGGACUUCUGAGCGUGAUGGUUGCGUUGCCCGUAGCAACUCUGACGUCGCUCCUGUUUCGACUGACCGGGAACAGAGCGGUGGCAUCCAGAGACCCACGUGCAAACCACACAAAAACGGCACGGGGGGAUUUUCAGGGAAUCUUUUCAGCAAACAACAGCGCGUUAGACUACCGCCUGCCUUGGGACAGCCGUUGGACGUGGACACAGGAAGCCUUAAGGAAGAAAUACCAGGAUACAGAUAUCCUCUCAGCUUCCUCCGUUCAUGAAAACAAAGGUCUGGAUGAAGAGGCGACGAUCCAAACAGGCACAGGGAAAAGGACUCAUGGUCGUCCGGUGUUUGAGGGCAGCAAGGGAGCUGCCUUGCUGAUUUCAAAGGAGCAAAAUCGUGAUCAAACCCCUGAAGGAAGAGCUGAAAAACGUUUAGCUGAGAGGCGUCGGUAUGAGGCUGACACGCCUAGAGGAGAUGCGGAUCCCCCCGUUGGGAAACAGUUCAGUCCUCGGUGGUAUGGGUGUCAGUAUUUGGCCUGGGCGGCGUGGGGGCUGCUGUCUCUCUCAUGCUUAGCGGUCACAGCUGAGCAUGGAAUGAGAUUCAGCAGCAGCAAAGCUUUGCUUUGGAUCCACUCGCUUUGCUUUUCACUCAUGGCUUGUAUGUUCCUCAUCCAACCUGCUCUGAUAUUUGCCGUGGCAACGAUCGUCUCCAUUUGGCACAAGAAGGCCGCAGACUCGCGUUGCGUUUUCAGCGGGAGGAAAUCACAAAUGGAGACGAGCCUGCGGAGCAAGAGCGAUGCUGAUGGCGCAGAAGAUCGGUUCACAACCUCUGCUGUCUGUCAGGAGACUUCCCCAUCUGUGGAAAGGCUGCUCAGGGCUCGGCAGAGGGCUCGGCUCCUGCGUCUCGCUCGCCCGCCGACUCCAGCGGAGCUGAGGAGAACUCGUAGAAAGAGAAGGAGAGAGGCUCUGAUCCAGGAGACCCUCAGGGAUUCGUUGCUCUGCGCCGUCAUGCUCCUCCUGACGGCGUUUAUAAUCUCUGGCAGCUCUGUGGAACAACAUCAGAGUCUCAACGAAGCCGUAAAGAGACACUUUACGGGGAAGAGCUACUCCGUUAACGGCAUAAAAACACACGAGGACUGGUGGAAGUGGACGCAGUCGGUUCUGCUGGAUUCACUGUACCAGGAAUCAUCAGCGAAAACUGAGCAACCUCACGUUCUGAUCGGGGAGCCCGUCGUACAGAAGAGGGAUUUCUCCAGGCUGUGUCGGAAUCCCACGCUGGCAAACCAACAGACACGUGAAGGCCCCUGUCCAGAGGAAGCUGCUACGGUCAGCUUCGGCCGCACCAAGUCCGAAGCUGCAUCAAAGCUGAAGAGCUUGCGGACAAGCAGCUGGGUCGGCAGACGGACGGUGGCCCUGAAGGUUCAGUUCGCCGUGUACAGCCCUGCGCCUCGCCUGUUCAGCAGCGUGAGUCUGGUCGCUGAGCGGCGCCCUGACGGUGCGCUGCUGACCUCUGCCAGCGUCCGCUCAGUGAGAGUGCUGCACAGCCCUGCGCUGCGGGACCAUGUCGCCACGGUCUGCCAGCUGCUCUUCCUUUUCUUGUCUCUACUACAAGCCUCCAUUCGAGCGUCCUCUGCUGCGCAGCAAGGGCUGAUGGGAUGCUGGAGGAGACCCAGCACGUGGCUGGAUGCCGUUCUGCUGGCGGUGACUCUGGUCUGUUACGGCUGUUUUAUCCGUCGCUCCUCCGUCAUCGUGGACGUCGCACGUUUGCUGCAGACACAACACAGAGGACACGUCGACGUCGGCGCUGUGGCCAACUGGGAACAGAAUAUCCGUACAGUCUGGGGCGUUAUCCUCUUCCUCCUGAGCGUGAAGUGUGUUGCUCUGCUUGGGCUGAACAGAACCUUCAGUUCCUCGGCUGCGGUCCUUUCACAGACGCUCUCCAGCCUCUUUUGGCUUCUGGUUUCAGGUCUGACGCUUCUGCUGGCGUUGUCCGGCUCAGCUACUCUGCUGUAUGCAGAAAGCUCCUGGGCUUUCAGCUCGCUCCCCCGCUCCCUGCAGACCCUGCUCUGUCAUUAUCGUGGGCCCCGGGUCACCCAGAGCCGCCUCCACGCAGGGCAGGAUGUCUCUCACUGGGCCCUUCGGUUUCUCACAACCACUGCUGUGUGGACGGCAAUGGUAAUUGGGGCGAUAUCCUCGUUAGCGAAAACUGCUCAAAGAGCUCAGCGCAGGAAUGUUGAUUUUACCACAGGAGAACUGUUAGGCUACCUAAAAACGAAGCUGUCUGAACUCACUGGACGGAAAAGACACGUAAGGACGGACGACUAUGACAAAAGAAGGACCUAUGCUCUGGAGGAGUUGGAGAGUUCAGUGGAUGAACUGUUGUUCAGACUCAGCGUCCUUUCCAACACCAUGCAGCACACUCUGAGAGCCCAUGGUUACAGAGAGGAGGCCAGUCCUGUCAUCUCAGCCUCGCCACCGUCCUCCCACAUGGAAACACAGGAAUGUCUGACAUCAAAGACAAUGGUGGAAAAAAUUAAAAGAGAGAAUAAAGCAACCCAUGAGGCCCACAAAGGAACGUCCUCGUCUGCAUCUCACCUGUUCAGCACCAGUUCCCAGGUGGAAGCAGAAAUGCAAACCAUUUCAGAAGGAACAGAUGAGGUGUUAAAAAUGAAAAACUGGCUGGCCUCCUCAGAGCCUACAUCCCUGAAAAGGCUUAUGGCUGAAGAUAUUUGUGACAAUCGUCCGGAGCUACAAACCAGAGCAAAUGGCAGCUGCUGGUUUAUUAAAACUCAUUCUAAGGUGGUGGAGGCUCUGGUCCAUAAUGAGCCGGGAACGGGAAAACCAUGAUCCAGUCUCACUGUAAGCCAAUUCUUUCUGUAGAGAUGUAGCACCGACUGGAUGUUUACAGAAUUUAAUUUUCUUUCACAUGGCUGGCUCGGUAGGCAAAAACUACCCUUAGUCUGGAUCAAAUAUCACAACCUUUUUAAACAUUUAUUCAAGUUUCUCAAAUAGUGAAGUUUUUCUGACUUUCCAAAUCAGC